CAACCACUACGACUGCUUAUCAUGGCAUGGUGCUCCAGGAUAAGAUCCUCAAAUGUCUUUCGUUUUCCAUUAAGUAUAACCAGCAAAAUAUUAUUGCGUGCCCCACCCAGUAAUUGCUCUUGGAAGUUCGAGUUUGCGUCGUUCACGCGGCUUUGUUUCGCCUUUUAUUCGUCGACAGUAAUGCCGCGCGCCAAAGAACAUGCAGAGAACCGUGAGAUCCAGUACAACUGGAUUGAUGGUACAGAAUCUCUUGAAAAGUACAAGCCUGGAGGCUACCAUCCCAUCAUGAUUGGCGAUACGCUUCACGGGCGAUACCGCGUCGUGGACAAACUAGGUUUCGGGGGCUAUUCGACUGUCUGGCUUGCUCGAGACAAUUUAUUGGAACGCUAUGUUGCUGUUAAAGUUGGCAUAUCAAACGCGGUUCUACAGGAGACUAAUAUCCUGCGAGCUCUUUCCACGCGAUUGCCAUCAUAUAUGCCAGCAUGUCUAGGCCAUAGUGCUAUUCCCGUACCUUUGGAUGAAUUUGAGCUGAAUGGUCCCAACGGAAAACAUUUAUGCUACACAAUGGCUCCUGCGCGAUGUAAUCUCAGAGAAGUGUCAUACAGUCGCCUGUUUCCUCUUGAAGUUGCUCGGGCGUUAUCAGGUGGCCUCAUACUAGCUAUUGCGUAUAUGCAUUCACGAGGUUUUGCUCAUGGAGACAUCCACCUCCGGAAUGUCCUGGUCAAACUCCCUUCGAGCUUUGAUCGUUUCUCGGUUGAUCAGCUAUAUGAACAAUACGGAGAGCCUGAGACCAUCCCUAUUACACGCACUGAUGGGAAACCACUUCCACCAAACAUCCCGUCAAAGGCGGUGUUACCACUUUACCUUGGCCAAAAUGCGGAGGAGUUUUUACUAUCGGACGCGCGCGUGCUUCUAGGUGACUUUGGUGAGGCAUUUGCCCCAGACUUUGAUGCCCGCAAGGGAGAAGACUGCCACACACCACUAGCAAUGCGACCCCCAGAAACCCGGUUCGAACCACAGACUACUCUUUCAUAUUCAGCUGAUAUCUGGAGCUUGGCCACGGCGAUCUGGGAGAUCCUUGGCAUGAAGGCUAUUUUCAGCAGUGAAGUUACCACUGUCGAUGAAUUGACUUGUCAGCAAAUUGAUGUACUGGGGUCUAUGCCCUUAAAGUGGUGGGAGCUCUGGGAAGAGCGAAGUCAGUUUUUCGAUAACAACGGACAUCCAAAAGAGAGCCGGUAUGUAUGGCCGCCUAUUAGCAAGGCUUUUGAGGACUAUGUACAGGAGUAUCGACGGAAGCUUGGAGUAGGAGAGUUUGGAGAGGACGAGAAAGCUGCCAUCCUGGAUUUGAUGUGUCGGAUGUUGGCAUUCCAACCAAAGGAUCGACCGACUGCCAAAGAAGUCCUACAGUCUGAGUGGAUGGUCAAAUGGGUUUUGCCUGAUCUUGAACGGCAUUCGCUGGUAGAGGUUGGUAACCUGACCUGA